AGAAAAAAAAAAUAGUUCACUAAUGACUGUUAAUUUAAUUCAAUAAUAAAGUGUGCAUUGUGUGAUCAAUGCACAUUUUCCACUCUCCCAAUUUAAACCUUACAUACUACGGAUAUAUAUAAAACUAUUUUAUAUAUAUCUGUUGCAUUUUUUUUGGUUUGUUUUUGGGUUGCUUGUGGAAGCAUAGAGUUUCUGAUUAUUGGAAAAAAAUAAAAUGGCUGGUCGUUAUAAUGAAAAUCCUUUUGCAGAAGAAGCUAACGUGAAUCCAUUCGCGAAUGGAGGCGCUGCGCGUGGUCCAACAGUCAAUAUUCCUCUUGAUAGUUCAAAGGAUCUGAAGAAGAAAGAGAAGGAACUACAAGUUAGAGAGGCUGAUCUAAUAAGAAGAGAACAGGAAGUGAAAAGGAGAGAAGAAGCUUUAGCAGGAGCUGGUGUUGUCUUAGAGAAGCGUAAUUGGCCGCCAUUCCUCCCCAUCAUUCAUCAUGAUAUUGCGAAUGAAAUUCCAAUCCAUUUACAAAAGAUUCAGUAUGUUGCAUUCACUACAUUGUUGGGCUUGGCGGGUUGUAUUAUAUGGAACAUUAUAGCAACCGCCGGUGUUUGGUUCAAAGCAGGAGACGUAGGCGCUUUCUUUUUAUCUCUUCUCUACUUGCUUGGUAUUCCAGCAGCCUACUCUUUGUGGUAUCGUCCUCUUUAUCGUGCAAUGAGGACUGAUAGCGCGCUAAAUUUUGGGUGGUUUUUCUUAAGUUAUGCGAUUCACAUUGUAUUCUGUGUCUUAGCUGCGGUGGCACCUCCGUUUGUCUUCAGGGACCGUUCCAUGGCUGGUUUCUUGAUUGCAAUUGAUAUUAUAGGCUUGACUACGGUAGUCGGGAUACUCUACUUCGUUGGCGCUGGACUCUUCUCUCUUGAAGCAGUGAUCAGCAUAUGGGUUAUUCAGCAAGUGUUCACAUAUUUCCGAGGGAGUGGCAAAGCCGCGGAGAUGAAGAAAGAGGUCGCAAAAUCAACGGUUAAUGCAGCGAUGUAAACUAAACAUUCAGGGAGCGAAUUCGCGGAGUUUUGAACUUUUGCCAGUUGUAUUCUUUCAUUGUUUCUUCUCACAUCUUAGCCUUGGAUAAGCUUUUUGUUAAUGUGACUUCUCAAGUACAUACAUAGUGGGUGUCCUGGCCUUUGGCUAUACUAGUGUUGUGUUAAUCCUUAAAAUCACAAACUAUUUUUGCAAACUACAAUAACAUAGUUGUAUGACUAUCGAAAAUCAUCAAAAUGCUUGAGUUUUAGUUUCUGCAAUGUGUGUUUGCUA